CCACAGCAGAGCCUCUGCUAGGGACAUCCUAGCGACCAAGGAUCCGCCCAGGCCACUUUUAUGGACCAGUGUGUGGCUGGCUCGGCCGGGGGCGGUGCUGCGCGCAAGGCGCCUAUAAGGAGCUGUCCGAUUCCCUGGUGCUGAAUCCAGCUCUCAUUUCUGAACGAGGUGCUUUCGGCUAUUGGUAAAGCAGGUCUCAAAGAGCUGCCCUGGAGCUUGCACCUUUAAAAAAGAGAAUACGGAAGACGACGAGGCAAGCGAGGAAGGCAAGCACAGAAAGGGACAGUUGCAGGAACUAUAAACCUCGAUCGCAGCGCACAGCUCGCAUCUCAGAGGAAGCCCUGCUGCGGUUUUGGUAGAGCUUCUGAGGAUCAGGAUGGAGUGAAGGAGAAGAGGGGCUCAAGGGGGUGGGAGAGGGUCAGACUGUGCAGAGGAUAGGGAACAGUGCAAUAGAGAAAAAGGAAAAGAGAGAAAAGCCAAGGCUCGUGCCUGCGAAUUUGGCAUUCUAUUGGAAGAGAUCACUCACUCGGGGGAAAUGGAUUCUUUACCAAGACUGAACAGCGUUUUGACUUUGGUGCUCUCAGGCUUGUGGCAUUUAGGAUUAACAGCAACAAACUACAACUGUGAUGACCCACUGUCCAACUUCCUCUCACUGAAGGCUUUCUCCAGUUCCUCAGAUAUCACUGGAAGUUCUAGUUCAGCUCAACUGAACUGGAGAAUGGGAACUGGUGGUUGGUCCCCAGCAGAUUCCAAUGUCCAACAGUGGCUCCAGAUUGACCUUCAAAACAGAGUGGAGAUUACAGCUGUAGCCACACAGGGAAGAUAUGGAAGUUCUGACUGGGUCACAAGCUAUCGCCUGAUGUUUAGUGACACAGGGCACAACUGGCAACCGUACAAUCAAGAAGACAGCAUCUGGACAUUUGUAGGAAACAUGAAUUCUGACAGUGUGGUUCACCACAAGCUGCUGCACUCUGUGAGAGCCCGCUUUGUUCGCUUUGUGCCCCUAGAGUGGAACCCGAAUGGAAAAAUUGGCAUGAGAGUGGAGGCCUAUGGAUGCUCCUAUAGAUCAGAUGUAGCUGACUUUGAUGGCCGGAGCUCACUUUUAUACAGGUUCAAUCAGAAGACAAUGAGUACCCUCAAAGAUGUGAUCUCCCUGAAGUUCAAGAGCAUGCAAGGAGAUGGAGUUCUGUUUCAUGGAGAAGGACAACGUGGAGACCACAUCACUCUGGAACUCCAGAAGGGCAGGCUAGCUCUCUACCUUAACCUGGAUGACAGCAAAGCUCGGUUCAGCAGCACUGUGCCCUUGGUCAUCCUGGGUAGCCUUCUGGAUGACCAGCACUGGCAUUCAGUUCUCCUGGAGCGUGUGGGCAAGCAGGCAAACUUCACUGUGGACAUGAACACGCAGCACUUCCGGAUCAAGGGUGACACAGAUUCUCUGGACAUUGACUAUGAGCUCAGUUUCGGAGGAAUUCCAGUACCAAGCAAACCUGGGACAUUUUUAAAGAAAAACUUCCAUGGCUGUAUUGAAAACCUUUACUACAAUGGAGUGAACAUAAUUGAUUUGGCUAAAAGACGCAAGCAUCAGAUCUACUCAGUGGGCAAUGUCACUUUUUCCUGCUCAGAACCACAAAUUGUUCCUAUCACAUUUGUCAACUCCAGGAGCAGUUAUUUGAUGCUGCCUGGAACCCCCCAAAUUGAUGGUCUGUCAGUGAGUUUCCAGUUUCGAACAUGGAAUGAGGAUGGUCUGCUUCUGUCCACAGAGCUGUCUGAAGGCUCAGGGACCCUGCUGCUCAUACUGGAGGGCGGGAUUCUGAGGCUACUGAUUAAGAAAGUGGCAAGACAUGGAACUGAAAUCCUCACAGGCAGUGGCUUAAAUGAUGGCCUGUGGCAUUCUGUCAGCAUCAAUGCCAGGAGAAAUCGUGUUACUCUCACACUGGAUAAUGAUGCUGCUUCCCCAGCUCCAGACACCUCCCGAAUACAGAUUUAUUCUGGAAAGAGUUACUACUUUGGAGGGUGCCCUGACAAUCUCACCGAUUCCCAAUGCUUAAACCCCAUUAAGGCUUUCCAAGGCUGCAUGAGGCUCAUCUUUAUUGAUAACCAGCCCAAGGACCUCAUUUCAGUUCAGCAAGGUUCCCUGGGGAGUUUUAGUGAUUUACACAUUGAUCUGUGUAGCAUCAAAGACAGGUGUUUGCCAAACUACUGUGAACAUGGAGGACAAUGUGACCAAACCUGGACUACCUUCUACUGCAACUGCAGUGACACUGGUUACACUGGAGCCACCUGCCAUGACUCCAUCUAUGAGCAAUCCUGUGAGGUGUAUAGACACAGAGGGCACACAGCUGGGUUCUUCUAUGUUGACUCUGAUGGCAGUGGGCCACUGGGACCCCUUCAGGUGUACUGCAAUAUUACUGAGGACAAGAUAUGGAUGACAGUUCAGCACAACAACACAGAGCUGACACGGGUACAGGGUUCCAGCCCUGAGAAUCCCUACUCCAUGACCUUAAACUAUGGUGGCAGUAUGGAGCAGCUGGAAGCUUUGAUUGAUGGCUCAGAAUACUGUGAACAGGAGGUGAUGUACCACUGUAGGAGAUCCCAUCUACUUAACACACCAGAUGGAGCCCCAUUCACCUGGUGGAUUGGGAGGUCCACUGAAAGGCACCCUUACUGGGGAGGUUCUGUUCCGGGAGUCCAGCAGUGUGGAUGUGGCCUGGAGGAAAGCUGCCUGGACAGUCGACACUUUUGCAAUUGUGAUGCAGAUACAGAUGAAUGGGCAAAUGAUACUGGCUUGUUUUCCUUCAAAGAUCACUUGCCUGUAACUCAGAUAAUUAUCAUGGAUACCAACCGAACAAAAUCAGAAGCUGCUUGGAGAAUUGGUCCUUUGCGUUGCUAUGGUGACAGGCACUUCUGGAAUGCCGUCUCAUUUUCUACGGAAGCAUCUUACCUCCACUUUCCCACCUUCCAUUCGGAAUUCAGCGCUGACAUUUCUUUCUUUUUCAAAACCACCGCUUUAUCUGGAGUUUUUCUAGAAAACCUUGGCAUUAAAGACUUCUUCCGUCUUGAAAUGAGCUCCCCUUCUGAGGUCACAUUUGCCAUUGAUGUUGGAAACGGCCCCAUCGAGCUACUCGUCCAGUCUCCUUAUCCUCUGAAUGACAAUCAAUGGCAUUACAUCCGAGCUGAGACAAACCUCAAGGAGACCUCACUUCAGGUGGACAACCUUCCACAGAGUAUGAGGGAGGCCUCAGAGGGAGGCCAUUUCCGACUUCAGUUGAAUAGCCAGUUGUUUGUAGGAGGAACAUCAUCAAGACAGAAAGGCUUUCUUGGAUGCAUCCGUUCUUUACUCUUGAAUGGUCAUAAAGUAGACCUGGAAGAGAGGGCAAAGGUCACGUCUGGAGUCAGACCUGGUUGUCCAGGUCACUGCAGCAGCUAUGGAAGCAAUUGCCACAAUGGGGGCAAGUGUGUGGAGAAACAUAGUGGUUAUUCCUGUGACUGUACCAACUCACCAUAUGAAGGACCUUUCUGCAGGAAAGAAAUUUCAGCUCUUUUUGAUUCUGGCACCUCUGUAACAUACAUGUUUCAAGAACCAUAUCCAGUGACCAAGAACACAAGCCUUUCCUCUUCAGCUAUCUACACAGAUACAGCUCCAUCCAAGGAAACCGUCAUGCUGAGUUUCAUGACAGCACAAGCCCCCACCCUCUUGCUCUACCUCAAUUUUUCUUCUCAGAAUUUUCUGGCUAUCCUGCUCUCCAGGAAUGGAAGUUUACAGGUUCGAUAUCGACUAAGCAAGGAUGAAAGUCAUGUAUUCAACAUGAACACAGAGAAUCUGGCCAACAGAAGAAUGCAUCAGGUGAAGAUUAGCCGAGAUGGUCCAGAACUUUCCAUUCAGAUGGACCAACAACUCUUCAGCUAUAACUUCUCCCCAGAAGUUGAGUUCCGGACACUGAGGUCACUUGUCCUAGGCAAAGUCACAGAAACUCUUGAUUUGGAUCCAGACGUUGCUCGAGCGAACACCUUGGGUUUUGUUGGAUGCCUUUCUUCAGUCCAAUACAAUCACAUAGCACCAUUGAAGGCAGCCCUCCGCCAUGCCAGUAUUGCACCUGUGACUGUCCAAAAGACCUUGACAGAAUCCAGCUGUGGCUCCAUGGUGGACUCUGAUGUGAAUGCAGUGACCACUGUGCAUUCUUUGUCAGAUUCCUUUGGAAAGACAGAUGACCAUGAACCACUCCAAAAUGCAGUACGAAGUGACUCAGCAGUCAUUGGAGGUGUCAUAGCAGUGGUGACAUUCAUUACUUUUUGUGUCAUUGGAAUCAUGACCCGCUUCCUCUAUCAACAUAAGCAGUCACACCGCACCAAUCAGAUGAAGAAGGAAUACCCAGAGAACUUGGACAGUUCCUUUAGAAAUGAAAUUGACUUGCAAAACACAGCCACUGAAUGCAAACGGGAAUAUUUCAUCUGAGCCACUGCAGGGGCACAUGGUCCUCUUUUUUUAUGGAGUUUCCCCUCUCUUUUUCUCUUUUCUUUUGUUUUUUUUGUUUUUUUUUGUUUGUUUGUUUGUUUGUUUGUUUAAACAUUCCCUUUCUCUCACUUACCGAACACACAUGCAUCCAAAAAGAGCACUGAUCUCCUUGACCUAGCUCAUGAGAUCAUAUAGCUGUGGCUACUGUAAUCCACUGACAUAUGUCUCAUUGUGAAAAUGACCACUGGAGGCACUUCACUAUUGUAAACAAGGAAGAGACAUAUGUGCACACAUGCACAUUCUAUGUUUGUAAUCCAGUUGGAAACUUCACUCUAUAGAUUCUCAGGCACUUGAUCUUGGCAUCUUCCCUUAGACUUAAGCUCUGUGGUGUUUGCCUGUAAGAACUGUUCCUGCCCAAUACAAUAUUGUUAGGUAUUACAUCUUUAGAGGAGAAAAGUGUAUAUGUGUGUGUGUGUGUGUGUGUGUGUGUGUGUGUGAAAGAGAAAGAUAGUGUCAGAUCACUUUUUAAGUGAUGAGUUUAUCAGGGAGCCUAAUAGAGCAGGAGGGAAUGAAGGAAACUGAAUCUACCCAGGGAAAGCAACAUUUGUUUCUACCCUGUGAGAGAGGAGGGAGGUUAAGAGGCUUUGAAAGCCAGUACACAGUGUGUGUGUGUGUGUGUGUGUGUGUGUGUGUGUGUGUGUGUGUGUGUGUGUAAAUAAAGUACU